AUGGGAGGCCACGCGUUUUCUUCUCAGGUUCCACCCAUCAAGACGCCCCGUAUGACUCAGGAAGUCUACGACGAAGCUCUCAAACUUAAUCAAGCAAUUCUACGCAAAUUUUACUCCAAAGUUGAGAGUGCUAUUGAGGGACCUGGCAAGACUACGUAUGGGGAUGUCGACAUCCUUGUUGCAUUACCUUUGGAGGGUGCGUUUUCUUCUGAAGAUCGAGUCGGGGAUGAGCUCAAGAAAGCUUUGAAUGCCAAAGCCUUGGUGCAGGAAAAAGGCAAUCCUACCAUCAAUUUUGCGGUUCCUUGGCCAGACCAUACUAUCACUGGUGAUGGAAAGAAUGUGCCUGAAUCUACAAAUGUUUCGCUGGCGAGCAGGUACGUUCAAGUCGAUGUACAUAUAUGUAAAAGCGAGCAUGAAUUUGACUGGGUACUGUUUCAUUCUGCUCAUGGCGACCUAUGGAACAUCAUUGGCACCACGAUCAGAGGGUUUGGACUUACUAUCAACAACCGCGCAUUUUUCAUUCGCAUCCCCGAAAUCGAGUUGGCAGACAGAAAGAAGAGCAUGGUAUUUCUGACUGACAAUCCGGCCGAGAUACUGGGCUUCUUGGGGCUGAAUCAAGAAAAGUGGUGGAAACGUUUCAGUACUCAGCAGGAAAUGUUUGAAUAUGCCGCAACUUGUCGAAUGUUCUGGGUCAGAGAUGUGGCCGAAGAUGCAGCGGAAGGAGAUGCCACUGGCAGUAUUGCCGAGAGAGGCCAAGAGGGCGGAGUAGAGGGAAAGAAAAAGCUAAAGCACAAUGAUCGUCAACGUCUGGUAAAACGACCUAUAUUUAGAGCUUGGGUUGAUGAAUUCAUCCCUAUGUGUCGAGAAGCAGGAAAGUAUAGUGAUACAAAAAUCACGAGGGAACAAAUUCGCGAUGAAGUUUUCAAGAAAUUUGGCGUCAAGGAGGAAUACGAAACCAGGCGACACGAUUGGAAUCUUGCAAGACAUCUAGUGGAAGUGAUGAAUGACGGUAUCAAAGCUAAUAUUCCGGUUGACGGAGGUGAUAAUCAAACAAGGUCGGCAGCUACAAAAGUUCUGAAGGGUGUCAUUAUGGAAGGAGAACUAUACGAAGGGGCUGUUCCUGAAGCUGCAAUCAGGGACGAGAACGGAUUUUACAACAUUCAGUUGGUCAAAAUCUUCGUGGUCGAAAACUGGAGGAACGCGAUGAAAAUUGGAAUGGCAAGGCAGCGAACCAAAGCCAGGGAAGCCAUGAAAGCGAAAGUUGAGAAGAAGGCACAGGCAGAGCGAGAUUCUAGUUUGUAUGAUGUAGUGCGAUAUGGACAAUACUGA